AAGGGGCGGAGUUAAGCCCUGAGGUUUUGUGAAAUGAAAGUGAAAAAUAUAUUUUCUGUAUAGUCAUACGGCACAUCUGGAGAGAAGUUUGUGUGUUUUUAAUGACUAUUACGCAUUGCUAUUGAUAUUAAUUUAUCUGAUAUUUUUUUAUCUGAAGUGGCAGUUUUGACCAGUAAGGUAAGACGGUAUAUCGACGAUACUUUAACUUUCCCAAAAUAAACAAACAUUUAUAUCAUAAAACAAAGAGUACUGAAGAGAGAGAUACACAGGAUAUACACAGUAUGUGUUUUUGCACUUGAGAGAAAUAGAGAAUAUGAUUAAUAGAAAAGUAGCUUAAUGAUGUGUGUAGUUAUGGUUUCCAACUUUUUUUAUGCAGGCAAAAUGGCAGAGGCUGGUGUUCAUAGUAAGUCAACACGUCACUGUCUCAGGAGUUAUUGGUUGCUUUUCUUGUAUUAAUGUCGUAUAUACAAACCACAGUUUAGUCAGUAGAUCUAUGUCAUAGGCUUAUAGAUUUGGAGCAGACAUGGGAUUGUUGUUGAGUCUCAAACUGUUAAAUAACAUAGUUUCCUGUAAAAAUGGAGCCCAACAGGACACACCUUCACAUAUAGUCAACUCUGUCAGCGCCAGAAAGCAAGGUCAUGAAGUAAAAAAUAAUUGUUUAAUAAAACAGAUAUCCUCUUGCAGGUAAGUCAAGGAUGGGGAAAUUAUGCACCUGUGUCGUAGGUGAUACUUUCAAUUCUGAUAAGGACUUGAUAAGACAACUCAUUGUCCGAGGAAACUGUACUGAAGUGUCAGUAGCGGAGAGUGAUGUCAUCAUGAUGAUCUGUCCUAUCGUCAGUCACCUUGGGCCUCUUGAUCUUGAUAUACAACUGGAGGUGGUCUCAGAAUACCUAGGUAUGUAUCAAGAGGCUAAUUACCUGAAUACAUGCUUUAUUUGUUAGAGUUCUUAAACUAACUUUGUUCAUCCCUCACUCUCUUGACAGCUGGUAAACCUGUCGUUCUGGUGGUGCUGCAUGACACUUUCAACCCAGACUCCACUAUACCUGACAGCAGCAGACUAGUGACCAGGGGUGAGGUGAUACUCACAGUGGACUGUCUAUUUAAUCACAGAGGACUUCUGGACUGUCCUCGCAAUAAAGAAGCAGUCGGUAUGAUUCUGAAGAGGCUAAACGUACAACCAAAGGUAUAGUUACAACGUAUAGUCCACUUUGAGUUAUUUAGCACCGCACUUGCCCCUCGUCAUUUAAGAAUUUGUGAAAAUUAUGAUAAUGCCCUUUUAGUGUAAGAGCUGUUUGAAAAGGCAGCCUGAAAUUUCCGCCUGUUUUGGUGGGAUGGAGUUUUGGCUUGCCUGGUGACAUCACCAGGUGGUAAAGUAGUUAAUAGACCAAUAAGAAUGAGAGUACCAAACCUCUCUGCCUAUAACAGUUAGUUUUCAGUUUUCACCUCCCCACUCAGACCACUCCCAGACAGUCCUAGCAAAAUUCUUGCUUGAGAAAUAGCUCUUUGCUAAGAAGCUAUUUUUGUUUAUUUUUGACCAUUUUAAUUGAAAACAAUCACAAUAAGGUACUUAAUUGUUACCCAGAAAUUAUUUGAUAUUGAGAUAAAAAACAACUGCUGCAUUGGACCUUUAACUGACUUGCCUAGUUAAAUAUCGGUUUAGAAAUCCAUGUUCAGCACAAUGUAGAAUCGAAUACUAUACUAAUAAUUAAUUUCUUAACUUCUCUCUCUCUGUUGCAGCAGGAAUUCACAGAAGGUAAAUACUGCUCUAAACAAAAUUAAUAUGAUGAAUUGCACAAUAACAAAGGUUUCAUUUUUAACGAAACAGAGAUAUCCUCUUGCAGGUGAGCCAAGGAUGGGGAAAUUAUGCACCUGUGUCGUAGGUGAUACUUUCAAUUCUGAUAAGGACUUGAUAAGACAACUCAUUGUCCGAGGAAACUGUACUGAAGUGUCAGUAGCGGAGAGUGAUGUCAUCAUGAUGAUCUGUCCUAUCGUCAGUUACCUUGGACCUCUUGAUCUUGAUAUACAACUGGAGGUGGUCUCAGAAUACCUAGGUAUGUAUCAAGAGGCUAAUUACCUGAAUACAUGCUUUAUUUGUUAGAGUUCUUAAACUAACUUUGUUCAUCCCUCACUCUCUUGACAGCUGGUAAACCUGUCGUUCUGGUGGUGCUGCAUGACACUUUCAACCCAGACUCCACUAUACCUGACAGCAGCAGACUAGUGACCAGGGGUGAGGUGAUACUCACAGUGGACUGUCUAUUUAAUCACAGAGGACUUCUGGACUGUCCUCGCAAUAAAGAAGCAGUCGGUAUGAUUCUGAAGAGGCUAAACGUACAACCAAAGGUAUAGUUACAACGUAUAGUCCACUUUGAGUUAUUUAGCACCGCAAUUGCCCCUCGCCAUUUAAGAAUUUGUGAAAAUUAUGAUAAUGCCCUUUUAGUGUAAGAGCUGUUUGAAAAGGCAGCCUGAAAUUUCAGCCUGUUUUGGUGGGAUGGAGUUUUGGCUUGCCUGGUGACAUCACCAGGUGGUAAAGUAGUUAAUAGACCAAUAAGAAUGAGAGUACCAAACCUCUCUGCCUAUAACAGUUAGUUUUCAGUUUUCACCUCCCCACUCAGACCACUCCCAGACAGUCCUAGCAAAAUUCUUGCUUGAGAAAUAGCUCUUUGCUAAGAAGCUAUUUUUGUUUAUUUUUGACCAUUUUAAUUGAAAACAAUCACAAUAAGGUACUUAAUUGUUACCCAGAAAUUAUUUGAUAUUGAGAUAAAAAAACAACUGCUGCAUUGGACCUUUAACUGACUUGCCUAGUUAAAUAUCGGUUUAGAAAUCCAUGUUCAGCACAAUGUAGAAUCGAAUACUAUACUAAUAAUUAAUUUCUUAACUUCUCUCUCUCUCUGUUGCAGCAGGAAUUCACAGAAGGUAAAUACUGCUCUAAAUAAAAUUAAUAUGAUGAAUUGCACAAUAACAAAGGUUUCAUUUUUAACGAAACAGAGAUAUCCUCUUGCAGGUGAGCCAAGGAUGGGGAAAUUAUGCACCUGUGUCGUAGGUGAUACUUUCAAUUCUGAUAAGGACUUGAUAAGACAACUCAUUGUCCGAGGAAACUGUACUGAAGUGUCAGUAGCGGAGAGUGAUGUCAUCAUGAUGAUCUGUCCUAUCGUCAGUCACCUUGGACCUCUUGAUCUUGAUAUACAACUGGAGGUGGUCUCAGAAUACCUAGGUAUGUAUCAAGAGGCUAAUUACCUGAAUACAUGCAUUAUUUGUUAAGAGUUCUUAAACUAACUUUGUUCAUCCCUCACUCUCUUGACAGCUGGUAAACCUGUCGUUCUGGUGGUGCUGCAUGACACUUUCAACCCAGACUCCACUAUACCUGACAGCAGCAGACUAGUGACCAGGGGUGAGGUAAUACUCACAGUGGACUGUCUAUUUAAUCACAGAGGACUUCUGGACUGUCCUCGCAAUAAAGAAGCAGUCGGUAUGAUUCUGAAGAGGCUAAACGUACAACCAAAGGUAUAGUUACAACGUAUAGUCCACUUUGAGUUAUUUAGCACCGCACUUGCCCCUCACCAUUUAAGAAUUUGUAAAAAAUUAUAAUACCCUU